CACGUGACGGGUGCGCCGGGCGUUGGCUCCUCCCUCCCCAAGAUGGCGUCCCUGCUGCAGUCGGAGAGGGUUCUCUAUCUCGUCCAAGGAGAAAAGAAGGUUCGGGCCCCGCUCUCGCAGCUCUACUUCUGCCGCUACUGCAGCGAGCUGCGGUCGCUGGAAUGUGUGUCGCACGAGGUGGAUUCACAUUAUUGUCCCAGCUGCUUAGAAAACAUGCCAUCAGCUGAAGCCAAAUUAAAAAAGAAUAGAUGUGCCAACUGCUUUGACUGUCCUGGAUGCAUGCACACUCUUUCCACCCGGGCAACAAGCAUCUCCACACAGCUUCCAGAUGACCCAGCCAAAACCACCAUGAAGAAAGCCUACUACUUGGCCUGUGGAUUUUGUCGAUGGACUUCUAGAGAUGUGGGCAUGGCAGACAAAUCUGUAGCUAGUGGCGGUUGGCAAGAACCAGAAAAUCCUCACACACAACGGAUGAAUAAGUUGAUUGAAUAUUACCAGCAGCUUGCUCAGAAGGAAAAGGUUGAACGAGAUCGCAAGAAACUGGCACGGCGUAGAAACUAUAUGCCUUUGGCUUUCUCGCAACACACUAUUCAUGUAGUGGACAAGUACAGUCUCGGGACCAGGCUUCAGCGACCACGAGCUGGUGCAUCCAUUAGCACUCUUGCUGGACUUUCCCUUAGAGAAGGAGAAGACCAGAAGGAGGUAAAGAUUGAGCCAGCUCAGGCCGUUGCUGAAGUGGAACCUCUGCCUGAAGACUAUUACACACGACCAGUGAACUUAACGGAAGUGACCACCCUUCAGCAGCGCCUCUUACAGCCUGACUUCCAGCCAGUCUCUGCUUCACAGCUCUAUCCUCGACACAAGCACCUUCUGAUCAAACGGUCCCUGCGCUGUCGGAAAUGUGAACAUAACUUAAGCAAGCCAGAAUUUAAUCCAACAUCUAUCAAAUUCAAAAUCCAGUUGGUUGCUGUCAACUAUAUUCCAGAAGUGAGAAUCAUGUCAAUCCCCAACCUUCGCUACAUGAAGGAGAGCCAGGUCCUCCUGACUCUUACAAAUCCGGUAGAGAACCUCACCCAUGUGACUCUGUUGGAGUGUGAAGAGGGGGACCCUGAUAACAUCAACAGCACUGCUAAGGUGGUGGUGCCUCCCAAAGAGCUUGUUUUAGCCGGCAAGGAUGCAGCAGCAGAAUAUGAUGAGCUGGCAGAGCCCCAGGACUUCCAGGAUGACCCUGACAUCGUAGCUUUCCGAAAAGCCAACAAAGUGGGCAUCUUCAUCAAAGUCACCCCACAGCGUGAGGAAGGUGAAGUGACCGUGUGCUUCAAGAUGAAACAUGAUUUUAAAAACCUGGCCGCCCCCAUCCGCCCGAUGGAAGAAAGUGACCAGGGCACAGAGGUCAUCUGGCUUACUCAGCAUGUGGAACUGAGCUUUGGCCCUCUUCUUCCUUAAAACAAAGUCACCUGGUGGGCAGAUGUCCCCACAGCUGUGCCACCACAUCUCUGUAACAGUGUGGAAGCUGCUGCUUCAUUAGACGUGUUUAUAAAGAUGUACCCAUCACUAAAUCCUGUUCCUAGGAGUGGAGGCAGGCCAGGAUUGGGAGCACAGGGUCACUGCUGUUCCACCUGCUCUCUCUGUGGACACCAGGAAGUCUGUGUCUCCCGCACUAAGCCCUGCACGUUGAGUACCAGCCUAACUCCAUCCCAGUAAAUUGGGUGUUCCUCGGAGGGGCAUUCGAUUUACUCCCUGAGAAAUGGGCCUUGUACCUGUCACGGUUUGACCGAAAAACCUUAGAAUGGUAAUCCAGAGAAGACCUGCUAUUCGGGCCCAGCAUUGGUCUCUGUUCCAACUGCUUUCGGCAUUCCAUUAAGGAUAACCUAGUAAUUAUAACCCUUCACUUGCCGUGGCUCUCACUUUGCCGUUGAUUUCCAUAUGACAGAGAAUUAGGAUUGUCACAGUGUCUCUAACUUUGUGAUGACAGGACAUGGCUUUCUUAAGGCACUCCAUUUGUCUCCUGUAAAGGACUACAGUAUACCUAUCCGUUGUCCUUCAUUUUCCUCAGUAGUACACGGAACUUUAAGGAUUUGAGUUGCAAGCAAUUACAUACCACGAAGUUCCAUUUGUUUUAAUAUUACCCUAAUAUUCAGGGGCUAAUAAUGCCACAGGGAGACAGCCUUUAUAGAUCUCACUCUCUGCCCUUCUCUACUCUGGUUUUGUUUUGUGGGGUGAGUGGAUUUUGUUUUUGUUUGUUUGGUUUUGGUUUUUUGUUUUUGUUUUUGUUUUCUUUUCCAUUUAUUUUUUCACAUAGGUUCCCUCCAUGUAACUCUGGCCUGGAACUCCAUAUGUAUACCAAGCUAACCUUGAACUCACCUCCUAGGAGUAAAAACACUUGUCACCACACCCAGCUCUCUGCUCUGUUGUGUAAUUCAAGGAAUGUUCUAAUGUUGGGUUUAGAAAGAGAGCCAAGACAGUGUAAAUGGACAUACUCAACUCUGGGAUUCAGAGAACAUUUUAAACUUUGCCUUUUUAGCAUGAUAUAAACUGACGUGUUUCCACUGAGCUGAAGGAGAAAUUAACCAUCAGUCUCUUAAAUCCAAAACUGGAUGUAAAAAGAACCUUUCCCUUGGUGGGUGUAAGACUUGUGCUGAUUCAAGUGAGACCAUUUCGAUGGUAAGCCACAGCAGUUGAGCAAGGAGCCAGAGUGCUGGCCUAACCCAGACAUGCCGUUCCUCUCCAGUUCUAACACUGAGUUGCAAACCUUGAUUUCUGGGAUGUUUUCUAAACGAGUUGAAAGCCAACCAGCUGCACCACUUCCCUGAAAGUUCCUAGCACAUGGCCAGCAGCCCUUGGAAGAGUUCCUGUCUACAAACCCCGCUUUGGUCUUCACUUUCUGUCUUUAGGAGCUUUGGUUUGGUUUGUUUUAAGGGAUAGAGAAUCUGGACUACAGAUAGAAAAUAGUCUUGGUUAGUUCCCCUUAAAAGAGGAAACUAGGAAGCUAUUGAAAGACACUGUCUUCUUUAAGAUCAAGCCAAUUUUAUGAAACAAUAUUCUCACAGAGUAAUAUAUUUACCUCAGUAUAAGAAGAAUACUGGUGUUAUGAGAACAGUAACUAAAGUUUAACCUCAUAGAAGCUGGAGCAGGGAGUUGGGUAAUUACAAGUUUUAAACUACAGAAAGUGAUUUUUUUUAUAUAUAUAACUUCACAAAGCCUCAAGUUCGAGCCUUCUGUGAAACCAUUCCUCAGUGUCUGCUUGGGUGGGGGGAAUCAAAGUGCAGGUGGCUUCCUAAGUCCACACAUUGUGGAGACCGUUGUCUGCAUGCCUUUAGGCGGUGAAACUGAUACUUACUCCCCAGAAAACGUUGACAUAUGGGUCUACUCCUGGGUGAUAAACACUGAAAACACUUUUGAACAUACAAUGUCUGUUUAAGAAGUCAAGUUAACUUAAAAAUAACCGCUGUUGGCUGUUUCAAGGUGAGUUUAGUGUAAGCUGGUCUUGUGUUCUUAGAAAAGGUUCAACACCUGCAGCUGGUGAAUUAGGAGUUGCGCCGAUCGAUCACCCUUCUGGUAUUAGAUCAGGUGCAGCUGUAGCUGGUGAAUUAGAAAUUGUGUCUAUCGCCCUUCUGAUACUAGGUCAGUGCAGGGUUUUUAUUACUAGUCAGUGUGCACCAGGACUCAAGAGUCAGGAGUCCUUAGCACUUGAAACUACAAUUUGGAAACUUAAAGCUAAGUUACUUUAGGUUUGUGAAUUGAUUUACACACCAAAAUUUUCUUUUGUUCCAAAUAUAUGCUAUAAGCAUACUGCACUAAAUGCCACUGCAUCUUUGUAAUAAGCAUCCUUCUUGGCUCCUUUUGGGGAUGAGAGGCACUCCUUGACUUAUGAAUAACAAGUUACUGUUUUGCCUUAUUGCUUAAUGUAGUGAAAUAAAGCGACAAAACUUGA